CCCCCGGAACCCCCCGGGACCCCCGCAAACCCUCCUCGAACCCCCUGGAGCCACCAUGCAGGACAGCGUUGACCCCCGCUGUGCCCUGGGUCCUGCUGUGGCCAAGGUGGAGCUGGAGGAGAUGGAGGCACCAGGAUGUGCCAGCUCAGUGUGGCCGGUGGUCCCCAAGGUGGAGGUGACCCCUGAAGGUGACGGGGACAAUCUGGAAGACCCGGAGCUCCACGGCUCAGGGCACUGGCUGGUGCGGAAGGUGAAGGUGGAGGAGGAGGAUGAGGACGAGGCCUGGGCAGGCGGAGCUGAGGCCCCGCUGGCUCCGCAGCCGCUUCCCGGCGCCGUCCCCCCCGAUCCUGCCGGGACACCCGGAAUCGCCGGUGCCUGCAAAGCGGAGGAGCCGUGCCCGGAGGAGCUGGGAUACGGAGUGCUGCCAACCUGGGGGCUGGGGCAGCGCCUGGACGGCACCGGGAUCGGGAUCGGCUUCGGCACCGGGAUCGGGAUCGGCCCUGGGAUCGGGAUGGGCCUCGGGGUGGGCCCCGUCCCCGUGGGGCACGAGCGCUGCCCCCAGCUCACCCCGCGGCCCUUCUCCUGCUCCCAGUGCGGGAAGGCCUUCGGGAAGAAGGCGCACCUGACGCGGCACCUGCGGGUGCACACGGGCGAGCGCCCCUUCCCCUGCUCCCACUGCGGGCGCCGCUUCCGCCAGCGCAUCCACCUGCGCUCCCACCUGCGGACGCACACCGGGGAGCGGCCCUACCCCUGCCCGCGCUGCGCCCGCCGCUUCCGCAAGAAAACGCACCUGGACCGGCACCUGCGCACCCACACCGGGGAGCGGCCGCACCCCUGCCCGCGCUGCGCCCGCCGCUUCGCCCACCGCCAGCACCUCCUGCGCCACCUGCGCCUGCACGGCGAGCCCGCCCAGGGGCACCGCGACGGCCACGGGGAGGUGCCCCCCGAGGAGAAGCCGCUGCCCUGCCCGGGCUGCGAGAUGAGCCUCGCCUGGAAGCAGAGCCCGCGGCCGCACACGGGGCUGGCAACGGUGCCGGGGGCUGGCAACGGACAGCUGGAUGGGCACCGGGAUGGGGGCGGGGAGAGGGAUGCCGACGAGAAGCCUCUCCCUUGCUCCCAGUGCGGGACGAGCCUCAGCUGGAAGCAGAGCCCGGCACCGCACCCGUGGCAGUACUUGGAGAACCGACCCCUGGGCUGCGCCGAGUGUGGCCACGGCUGCGCUCAGGACCCCCAGCACCCGCUGCAGGCGCCCGGUGCCCAGGACCUCCAGCACCUCUCGCAGCCCCCACAGGUGCCCGGCGUCCAGGACCCCCAGCACCUGCCGCAGGUGCCCAGCACUGAGCACCCCUUCACCCAGGACCCCCAGCACGUGUCCCAGGUGCCCCCUGCCCAGCGCCCGUUCGCCCAGGACCCCCAGCCCACCCCGCAGGCACCCCCUGCCCAGCGCCCCUUCUCCUGCCCGCAGUGCGGGCGCGGUUUCGGGCGCAAGGCUCACCUGGCGCGGCACCUGCUGGUGCACACGGGCACCCGCCCCCAUGCCUGUGCGCGCUGUGGGCGCCGCUUCAGCUCCAAGACCAACCUGGGCCGGCACGAGGCCGUGCACACCGGGCUGCGGCCCCACCGCUGCGCCCGCUGCGGCCGCGGCUUCACCCGCAAGACUCACCUGGAGCGCCACGAGCGCACCCACGGCCGCACCGGCACGGGGAUGGGCACUGCCGCCCACGGCUGCGCCGAGCGGCCUCACGCGUGUGCCGAGUGCGGGAAGCGGUUCCGGCAGAAGGUGAACCUGGCCGUGCACCUGCGCACGCACACGGGGGAGCGCCCGUUCCGCUGCGCCGACUGCGGCAAGGGCUUCAGCCAGAAGGCUCAUCUGCUGCGGCACCGCCGCACCCACGGCGCUGGCCUCGUGCCCGCCUGCUCCGCCGGGGACCCCCUGGGCAAGGGCCUGGAGCCCCCAGCCCUGCUGCUGCCCCCCUGCUCCCGCGGGGCCCCCCCGGCCCGGCCCGACAGCCCCUCGGGUGCCGCCGACAUCCUCCUGCAGCUCAUGCAGGACGAGCACCCCCCGGGCCCCGGAGCCCCCCCGGUGCCCCUGUGCAAGUGCCCGGGGGAGGGUCUGGGCCCCAGGGCGCCGGGGCUGCCCCCCCCUUGCUGCUGUGCCGCCUGCCUGGCCCCCCGCCCUCCCGAGCCCCCCCGGGGGCAGCUGUGGGCCAAGGCUGGGGGCUGCACUCGGGCCUUUGAGGAGAAGCAAGUGCCGGGAGUGCCAGGAGCGGCGGGAGUGCCAGGAGCGGCGGGAGCACCAGAGCAGGAGCGCGUCGAGGAGAAACCUGCCCCGUGUCCCAGCUGUCUGGGUGCCCAGCGAGGGGUCGGUGCCACCAGCCCCCCUGAGCCCCCGCUGUCCCCCCAGGGAGUGCCUCCCCAGGUGUCGUUCGAGGAGGUGGCCAUUUACUUCUCCCCUGAGGAGUGGGCAGAGCUCCUGCCCUGGCAGCGGGCACUGUACCGGGAGGUCAUGGCUGACAACUACGACCUGGUGGCCAGUCUGGACUCUGAGUCCAAGUUCAUCGACAUGAAGGAGGAGUCACCCAGGGAGGUCCCCUGUGCUGGGGGGGACAGUGGAGCUUCUGAAGUCUCCAGCACUGGCGCCCAGGAUGGUUCUGCCAGCGAGGAUGAUGACGGCAGACACUGGGAAUCAGGGUUCGGUGCCCCCCGCUCUGGCUGGCGUGACGCCACCCCGGGGGGCUGCGCCAGGGACCCUCCCCGGGAUGAGCCGAGGCCGCCCCCGCGUGACAGGCUCGGGCUGAGCUGCGGGGCCGCUCUGGGGGCGCCCCGGGCCGAGCCCCCCGCCCCGGGCCCGCCGUUCCUGUGCGGGACCUGCGGCAAAGCCUUCCGGCACCGCCGCAACCUCCUCACGCACAAGAGGCUGCGCGGGGGGAACCGGGCCCGGCACGGCUGCUCCGAGUGCGGCCGCGCCUUCUGCCUGCGCGGGGACCUGCUGCGGCACCGCGGCUGCCACCGGGGGCUGCCCCCCUGCCCCCGCUGGCCCCAGGGACGCUGCGGGCCGGCCGACGAGCGGCCCUUCGUGUGCGGGCGCUGCGGGCGCGACUUCGCCUGGAGGGAGAGCCUGGAGCUGCACCUGCGGGAACACCGGCCCCCCGAGCGAGCCCACCCCUGCCCCGAGUGCGGCCGCACCUUCCGCAGCCGCGGCCACCUGCGGCUGCACCGCCGCGCCCACACCGGGCACCGGCCCUUCGCCUGCGCCCGCUGCGGCCGCGCCUUCGCCUCCCAGGCCAACCUCAGCACGCACCGACGGCUGCGCCGCCGCUGCCGGCCCCCCGCCCGCGGGGACCCCCGCCCCGAGGAGAACAGGGACCCCCACAGGGACAGGGACCCCUGUGGGAGUGGGAACAGGGACCCCUGCAAGGAGGAGAAUGGGGACCCCUGUGGGAGUGGGAACAGGGACCCCUGCAAAGAGGAGAACGGGGACCCCUGCAAAGAGGAGAACAGGGACCCCCAGGGGGACAGAGACCCCUGCGGGGGUGGGAACAGGGAUCCCUGCAGGGAGGAGAACAGGGACCCCUGUGGGGGUGGGAACAGGGACCCCUGCAAAGAGGAGAACAGGGACCCCUGUGGGAGUGGGAACAGGGACCCCUGCAAAGAGGAGAACGGGGACCCCCACAGGGAGAGGGACCCCUGUGGGGGAACCUUGGGAGUGACCGUGGACUCCCAGGAGUCCCAGACUGUGGAGUGGGUGGAGUCCCCCAUGACAGGUUAUGGAGAUUCCUGA